AUGGCGUUCGCGGGAGCCGAGAAGCUCCUCGACUUCAACCAGCCCUUCGAUGUGCCCCUCCUCGACCAGAUCGUGAACGCCUUCUACGCCCCGGGCGGCGACCCGAGCGUGCGCGCCGAGGCCGAGAAGAUCAUGACGGGGCUUCAGGAGAACGAGAUGAUGUGGACCCGCGCGGACGCCAUCCUGGAGCAGAGCCAGAACCCCAACACCAAGUUCUUCGCGCUGCAGGUUCUCGACGCGGUCAUCAAGUACCGCUGGAACGCGCUCCCGGACGAUCAGAGGGAGGGCAUCAAGAACUUCAUCUCCAACCUGAUCAUCAAGCUCUCCACCGACGACGCGUCUUUCCGCGGACAGCGCGCCUUUAUCUCCAAGAUUAACAGCGUCCUGGUGCAGAUACUCAAGCACGACUGGCCCGCGCGGUGGGCGUCGUUCAUCCCAGAUCUGGUGGGCGCGGCUAAGCAGUCCGAGUCGCUGUGCGAGAACUGCAUGAACAUCCUCAAGCUCCUCAGCGAGGAGGUCUUCGACUUUUCCCGGGGCGAGCUGACGCAGGCGAAGAUCAUGGAGCUCAAGAACGCGCUCAACACGGACUUUCCCCAGAUCCACGAGCUCUGCGAGUUUGUGCUCCAGCACUCGCAGCGGCCAGCGCUGAUUCAGCAGACGCUUCAGACGCUGCACGCGUUCCUGUCGUGGAUCCCGCUCGGGUACAUCUUCGAAUCCACGCUGCUGGACACCCUGCUCAAGCUAUCGCCCAAUCCGCAGUUCCGCAACGUCGCCAUACAGUGCCUGGGCGAGAUUGGCGGCUUGGCGGUGGACCAAAAGUACGACUCGCACUUUGUCAAGCUCUACGUCACCGUCAUCGAGCAGCUCCAGCAGAUUUUGCCGCGGAGCGUGAAGAUCGCCGAGGCGUACGCCAACGGCAGCGACGACGAGCAGGCGUACAUUCAGAACCUCGCGAUAUUCCUCACGCAGUAUUUCAAGCACCACAUCGGCCUCCUGGAGAAGACCCCGGAAUAUCAGGCGCACCUGCUCAUCGGCCUCGAGUACCUCCUGAACAUCUCCUACACCGAUGAACCCGAGGUUUUCAAGGUUUGCCUGGAUUACUGGCACGUGCUGGUGUGCGACCUGUACCAGAGCGACGGUGACGCCGCGGGCGGCGGCGGGAUGGCGGAGUUUUCCUUCGCCCCCGCCGGCGCAGCGAACGGCGCGGGGGCCAACCGACGGAUGCUCUACUCGGGUUCCAUGUCGCAGCUUCGCAUGCUCAUGGUCAGCCGCAUGGCGAAGCCCGAGGAGGUGCUCAUCGUCGAGGACGAGAACGGAAACAUCGUCCGCGAGACGCUCAAGGACAACGACGUGCUCGUGCAGUACAAGAUUAUGAGGGAGACUCUCAUCUACCUCGCGCACCUCGACCACAAGGACACGGAGACGCAGAUGCUCGACAAGCUCGCGAACCAGCUCAACGGCAAGGAGUACAGCUGGAACGUCCUGAACACCCUGUGCUGGGCCAUCGGGUCCAUCUCGGGCUCGAUGGCGGAGGACCAGGAGAACAGGUUCCUCGUCACCGCGAUCCGUGACCUCCUCAACCUCUGCGAGAUCACGAGGGGUAAGGACCACAAGGCUGUCAUCGCGUCGAACAUCAUGUACGUCGUGGGCCAGUACCCCCGGUUCCUUCGCCUGCACUGGAAGUUUUUGAAGACUGUCGUGAACAAGCUGUUCGAAUUCAUGCACGAGACGCACCCGGGCGUCCAGGACAUGGCGUGCGACACCUUCCUCAAGAUCUCCAUCAAGUGCAAGCGCAAAUUCGUCAUCAUGCAAGUCGGCGAGCACGAGCCCUUUGUGAAUGAACUCCUCCGGUCGCUUCCGGAUACCAUUCGCGACCUCGAGCCGCACCAGAUUCAUACCUUCUACGAGGCCGUCGGCCACAUGAUAUCCUCGGAGGUCAACCCGGCGACGCGCGAGGAGUACGUCCAGCGGUUGAUGGACCCGCCGAACGGCACGUGGAACCAGAUCAUGGCGCAGGCCAAGGCUCAGGGCGCGGAGUGCCUCAAACCGCAGGAGGUGAUUCGCAACAUCGCGAACAUCCUCAAGACCAACACGAGCGCUUGCACUUCACUCGGCCAACCCUUCCAGAACCAGAUGUCCAACAUCUACGCCGACGUGCUCAACGUGUACAAGCUGUACUCUGAGCUCAUCAGCGCAUCCAUCGCGGAGGGUGGACCCUACGCGUCCAGGUCGAGUUUGGUGAAGGCGAUGCGAACGGUGAAGCGCGAGGUGCUCCGCCUGAUUGAGACGUUCGUGGAGCGAUGCGAAGACCCGCAUCUCGUCGCCCAGCAGCUCGUGCCGCAGAUGAUGGAUCCGGUGCUGGGCGACUACGCGCGGAACGUGCCGGACGCGAGGGACGCCGAGGUUCUCUCCCUGUUCGCCGCCAUCAUCAACAAGGUUGAGGGCGCGAUGAUUGACGAGGUGCCCAAGAUUUUUGAGGCGUGCUUUGAGUGCACGCUCACCAUGAUCACCGCGAACUUUGAAGAUUACCCCGACCACAGGCUCAAGUUCUUCUCGCUGCUCAGGGCGAUCACCAACCACUGCUUCCGGGCGCUCUUCGCGCUUCAGCCGGCGCAGCUGAAGCUGGUGGUUGACUCCAUCGUGUGGGCGUUUAGGCACACCGAGCGCAACAUCGCAGAGACGGGCUUGAACUUGCUGCUUGAGAUGACCAAGUACUUCCAGGUUUCCGAGUUUUGCAACCAGUUCCACCAGAGCUUCUACCUGUCGCUCGUGCAGGAGAUCUUCGCGGUGAUGACGGACGGCUUCCACAAGCCCGGUUUCAAGCUGCACGCGCUCCUGCUUCAGAAUUUAUUUUGCAUCGCAGAGAGCGACCAGUUGUCGGCGCCGCUGUGGGACGUGAACACGUUGGGACCCGGCGCGUAUCCCAACAACGCAGCGUUCGUGAAGGAGCACGUGUCGAAGCUCCUCUCCGCUUCGUUCCCCAACAUGGGCCCGGCGGAGGUUCAGGUGCUGAUCCAGGGUAUGUUCGAUUACAAGGCGGAUCUGACCAUGUUCAAGAACCACCUCCGUGACUUUUUGGUGCAGACGAAGCAGUUCAAGAGCAGCGACAACAGCGCGAUGUUCGCGGAGGAGCAGGCGGCGAGGCAGGCGGCGGAGCGCGCGCGCAUCGAUGCCGUCCCCGGAAUGAUCCCGGCGAAUCAGGUGGACAUGGGCGACGAUUGAUCUCGCACAUUUUGGUGGGUGGGUGGCUAAUAGCAAAACAUAGCGGCGGCGGCGAAACAAGCCUCUGCAAACACGAUGUGAUGAGAGGAUAUCAUCGCACGCG